AUGACGAGGUACAAGCAGGCGCAGUUUGCGGAUGAGGAUAGCAGCAGUAUUGGAUCGAUACAGAUCAACGAGACAACGCGCAGUCCGACGAUGCACAUCCGCUAUCAUGCUGCUCGAGGUACGUCACUGUGGAACGCGCGUAGUAAGCUCGAGAAGGCGCUACUUCUGCUGCUUGCGUUCGCGAUCGUGCUGAUCGUGGUGCUGGGGAGUUUGCUGGCGAACGAUAGCACGAGGAUUCUGCACGUGCGACCACACGUAGGAUCAGCACCGUACGGGGUGGAUGAGCAAAUGCCGUGUUUAAACCAGCACUGCAUCUUUGCGGCGAGUGAGAUACUGCACUCGAUCGACUGGAGUGUGGAUCCGUGCGAUGAUUUCUACGCGUUCUCGUGCAAUCAGUGGAUCCGCAACAACCCCAUCCCGGAGGGUAAGUCGAUGUGGGGCCUGUUCGGGAAGCUUGAGCAGCAGAACCAGCUGGUGUUGAAGAACGCACUCGAGCGACCGUUGGUGGAGUUUAAAUCGAAGGCGGAGAAGAAAGCCAAGCUGUACUACCAAUCGUGCCUCGAUGAGGACGAAACGAUGGAGAAGCUCGGUGCGGAACCGCUGCAGAAGCUGUUGCGUCAGAUCGGUGGUUGGAAUGUGACCGCGAAUGCGAGCGGGUUCGAUGUGCAGCGAUGGUCGCUACAGCGCACACUCCAGACACUUCAGAUUCGCUACAAUAUGGGUGGAUUGUUUGGGUGGGCCGUUGGAGAGGACGAUCGGAACUCGAGCAAGCAUAUCAUACAGAUCGAUCAAGGAGGGUUGACACUACCCUCGAGAGAUAACUAUCUGAAUAAGACGGCGAAUGCGAAGAUCCUCACGGCGUACCUCGACUACAUGACGAAGGUGUCGGUGUUGCUGGGAGCGGACGAAACGGACGCUCGACGACAGAUGCUUGAGGUGAUCGAGUUUGAGACGCAAUUGGCCAACAUCACCACGCCACAGGACAUGCGUCGGGAUGAAGAAACCCUCUACCAUCCGAUGACGUUGGCAGCCUUGCAGGAGAAGGCACCGUUCAUCAACUGGCAGGAACACUUCGAGGAGGCGUUCCGGCUUGUACGCCGCAAGAUCACCGAGAAGGAGCGUGUCGUCGUGUACGCGCCCGAGUACCUCGAGAAGCUGAAUGGCCUAAUGAAGGAGUACACCGCUACGGACGAGAAGAAGAUUGUGCUGAACAACUAUCUCGUGUGGCAGACGGUCCGGACACUGACGGCUUGUCUGUCGAAGGCGUUCCGGGACGCGUACAAGGGUCUCCGGAAGGCCCUGAUGGGUUCGGAUGGUGGUGAAGAACUCUGGCGGUAUUGUGUGUCUGAUACGAGCAACGUGCUCGGGUUUGCGGUUGGAGCGAUGUUCGUGCGGGACGUGUUCCACGGAGACUCGAAACCACAGGCCGAGGACAUGAUCAACCAGGUGCGGGAUGCGUUUAAGGAGAACUUCAAGAACCUCGGGUGGAUGGAUGCGGAGACGCGCCGGCUUGCGGUGGAAAAGGCGGACGCGAUCAGUGACAUGAUCGGGUUUCCGGACUACAUCCUGCAGCCGGAAGAGCUUGAUCGGAAAUAUCAGGAGCUUACGAUCGACCCGAAGACGUACUUCGAUAACAACAUCAACUACAACGUGUAUAGUCUCAAGAAGAACCUGGAGAAGCUCGACCAGCCGGUUAACAAGACGAAAUGGGGCAUGACACCACCGACGGUGAAUGCGUACUACACGCCCACGAAGAAUCAGAUCGUCUUCCCGGCCGGUAUCUUGCAGAAUCCGUUUUUCGACAUUAAGAACUCGAAGAGCCUGAAUUAUGGUGCCAUGGGCGUUGUUAUGGGGCAUGAGUUGACACACGCGUUCGACGAUCAAGGCCGGGAGUACGAUAAGUACGGGAAUCUGCAUCAGUGGUGGAACAACCGGACGAUCGAGAAGUUCAAGAACCAGACGGAGUGCUUCAAUCAGCAGUACGGUGCGUACAGGAUCAAUGGUAAAGCUAUCAACGGCAAGCAGACGAUCGGUGAGAACAUCGCAGACAAUGGUGGACUUAAGGCGGCGUUUCAUGCGUACAUCAACAACGAGCGGAAUAGCUACACCGACACCGACACGUUGCCACUUCCGGGUGUGAAUAUGACGCACCGGCAGCUGUUCUUCGUGUCAUUUGCUCAGGUCUGGUGUUCGGCCGUUACGGACGAGACGACGACGCUGCAGAUCGAGAAGGAUUCGCACUCACCACCAAAGUACCGUGUGAUAGGUCCGUUGUCGAAUCUGAAGGAGUUCUCGGACACCUUCCACUGUCCACUAGGGACCGGGAUGAACCCGUUGGCGAAGUGCGAAGUGUGGUAAGGACAAUUAUUCCCCACGUGGAGCGUGUCGUACAAAUCGUUUGUUUUACGAACCGGCAUUCAGUUUUGGGUGCACAUUUCGCUUCGAUGUAUUAUGCGGCUUCUAAAGUUUCUCGAUGCCAAAUGAAAAGCCGCAAAUCCGUACGCACAAUUUGCCCAGGGACUUGGGCCGUGGGCGCGUAGGGCGCUCUAGUAAGUUGAGUAAGUUUUUCUAAGUCAAAGACAGCAACCAACCAAAAGGGAAUCUAUUUUAUGAUCGGCAUGAGUGCUAUCAUUCGCGUGUGGUGAAUGCCGGAAGCGGACACGCGUGUCGAUGUUCGCAGUUUAUGUUCGUAUUUCGUCGUCUGCUUAUAUUACGGUAAGGAAAGCGCAACACACAACCAAACACAACCACAAAAGGACAACGGCGGCAGCAGCAAAUGGUUUAAAACAGUUUAAAACAAAUUUAUAGCGCGCGUAAGAUUAAUAAUUGUGAUUGUAUCUUAUAAUAAGCCACGAAUCAAGCUGAACAAGAUCAACAAUUGGUCACCAGUUCGUCUAGCGCCGUUUCGACGGAUUAUUAAAUAAUCUUUCUAUGAAGAGAGACAGAGAGAAAGAGAGAAGGAGAGAGAGAGUUGAAGAGAGAAGGGAGGGAAUAAACAGGUCAAUGUAAGGGCAUAAGCCAAGACAAAAUCAGUAUGCGAGGAUAGGGAGAGUAAAAUUAGAAGCAGCAAAACAAAAACUGUGGGAGACAAUUGGCGAACGUGUCGAUUCCUAGUAGAAGAUGAUAUAAAAACUAUGUACGUUUAAGAGGAUAUCACUGAAAUGAAAUAAACCUUAUCCUAGACUGUACAA